AUUUGGAAUAUUACUAAAUUGGGAACGAUUGGUCAUCUAUGAUAUCCUAAAAAAAUGCUACUCAAAAAAAAAUCCAACCAAAAGUAAAACCUAAGUUUGGAGAAACUGCAAAUCAAAGAUUCUGUAGCCGUCAAGUGAAAUGCAAAAUAUGCCAUAGUGAUGAGGUACUUGUAUUAGGUAAAUUUUGUAAGCCAAUGAUUAACGAUAUUCAAAGUACAUCUCAGCUUUCUGAAUCAACUAAGUCUAGGCCUACGUUAAACAACAAAUCCAGUAUUGAACCCAAAACUGCUAAAAUUGCAUUUGAAUCAAAAAAUUUCACUAGUACAAAAACUAAAACACCAACCAUCAAUCGUAAUACAGACAAAAAUACCAAUUCAAUAACUUCUGAACAAACUGUAACAAAUGAAUCACAUAUUCAUUUCAAAACAGUUUCAGACAUAACAUCAAAACUACUUUUAUUAAAACCAAAUAGUUUAAAAAUAGUAGAUUUCCCAAAAUGUUAUUCUCUACCACAGCAAAAAAGUCAACUAAAUUUAUAUGACAAAAGAAAAAUGGAAAACAAUUUAAAACUAAAGGUUAAAUUAAAAUCUUUAGAUGAAAAAAAACUCGAUAAGUUAUUAGAAGAUAAUUUUCUGUUACCAUCCGAUCCUAGGGUAACAAAAACGUUCUCCAAUAAAACCGAAAUUCUUAAAAGUUCUUCAAACUCCAGAAAUCUACCUAUUGAGUCCGCAUCUAAUUCUAAAAUAAUCGUCAAUAAUAAGAAUAGAGAACCAUUGUUGGAGGAUUCUCCUCAUCAAUUAUCUCAAAGUUCUAUAAAAUUUGAAACUUUAGCUCAUCAAACAGUGGUUAAUUCAAAAAAACAUCAACUUGAUAAAAAAUUAAGACCCGCAAGUUCUAAAAAAACAGAUAAAUAUAAUGUGACAAAUAAAAAAAGUAAAAGAAGCAACAACAGUAAAUAUAGCGAAUUUAGUGACUUAAGCAUUUCUGAGAAACAAAAGCAAUCCAAUCACCUACAUCACAAUACGACUAUUGAAACCCAAGUAUGUAAUACUAUAUGCAGUUAAAUUACAGAGUAUAUUGAAUGGAAUUACAGCCGAUUGUUGUUUAUAUUAUAUUUUCAUUAGGCUUGUGGGUUUAUUAACAUUAUAAGGUGUCGGCAAGCGCGGAUCCAGAACGUUUUUUUGGAGGGAGUCAUUUUAGUAAAUUUGGCCAUGGAAUACAAUUUUUUUAAAAGCCCUGAACUUAAAAACAAAAUGCAAGAAAAAAAAUCAUCUAUCCCAACUAUUUGUGGGGUCAGUUCUACUUAAUUAUUUGACAAAGAUUUUUACACUGAGUGAGGACUUGACGAAACCUCAUUUUGGCAAAGGGAACUAGUAUGAGUACAAGUUGUAUGUCACUGUGUUUAAAUUCUUGUAUGGUGACCCGUCAGCGAACUAACAGAAAGCAUCGCAGCUGAUCAUUAGCGCUAAAGCGGUGACUGAAUUAUCCGCUACGUCAUACAAUGCCACAUACCUUUUAUUAUACUAUUAUAAUUUUACUAUAUAAUAGAACAAGGAAAAAAACGCUUUUCUGAGAAAAAUAUUUAGCGUUCUCUGAUUUACAAAUUUUACGUAUGGGUCGGUAAUGCGUGUGUCUCUAAGAUUCGAAGUACGAGGUUCGAAUCUCGCAAGAGGCUUAGUAAAAGUGAUUACCAAUUGAAAGAAUCGAUUGAGCGAAUGGAACAUGAGAUGAGAAGACUAAACGACAUAAUGGAAUCAUUGUUAAAAGACAUAAGUAGUAGCAAUAAAAAUACAAAAAGUAUAAUUUCAAAAAAUAAUUAUAGCGAAAAAUCCAAAAAUAAUGAUAUCGACAUAUAUAACCCAAAAAAACCUCCAGAUUCUACAGAAAAAUAAAAUUAACAACAUAAAAUAAAUAUUUUGUAUGUUUAUAAAAUAUAAUAUUUCAG